UUUGCUUGUCAUUACCUUUUUUCUCGUCUGUAAUUGAAGAUUACUCAAAUAAUCCAAUAAUUAACUGCAGCUUGCAAUAGUUAUACAGUCAAAGAUAUAAUCCAGGUAUCCUUUUCCCUCCAAUCAUUCUCCACUGUGUUUCUCUGGGACCAGUAUCUCUCUCUGCAAAUAUUUACUGGGGUUCCGGCGAAGGCAUUGGAAGUGGAAGAGUAGAAGAACAGAAUUCUAAGUGAUCUAAUGGAGCAAUCUUCAAAUAAUUCUACGUCAGGUCUAUCUAGAACUCCAUUUGCAAACAUCCCAGGGAAAGAAAAAAGUGAAUGGAGAAUCCCAUCUGGAAUUGAUGGAUAUCAUCCGUCAAUUGAUGCUAGCCUCUUCUCUCGCUCAUUGCCUUUCCUUCCAAUCAAUAAGUUAACUUUUAAUGAAUCCGAACAAAGUGUUCAAUCAGUUGAUGAUACUUUUCCAAGCCUAAGUAAACUUCGUCUAGAAGAUGAAGUUAAGUAUCCACUCGAAGAUAUUGAACCAAAUGCUAUAGGAAGCUUUCUCCCUGGCGAUGAAGAGGAGCUCCUAGCUGGCCUCAUUGACGAUUUUGAUCUUAGUAGCUUGCCAACUCAACUUAAGGGAUUGGAUGAUGAUUUCUUUGGUAGUGGAGGGGGAUUAGAAAUAGAAUCCGUGCCUCAAGAGAAUCUGGCAAAUGGAAUCACAAGGUUAAGUAUGUCUGAUGGUAUUAACGGAAACAUCAUUGCCAAUUAUGGUCUCCCAAAUGGCUUUGCAAAUAUUAGCAGUGAACACCCAUAUGGAGAACAUCCUUCAAGAACAUUAUUUGUACGGAAUAUAAACAGUAACGUAGAUGACUCAGAACUGAAGUCUCUCUUUGAGCAAUAUGGAGAUGUCAGAACUCUCUAUACUGCAUGUAAGCACAGGGGAUUUGUGAUGAUAUCUUACUAUGACAUAAGAGCUGCUCGAACAGCAAUGCGCGCUUUACAAAACAAGCCCUUAAGACGAAGAAAACUUGAUAUUCAUUUUUCAAUUCCCAAGGAUAACCCAUCAGAGAAAGAUAUUAACCAAGGAACUCUUGUGGUGUUCAACUUAGACACUUCAGUAACCAAUGAAGACCUUCGCCAAAUAUUUGGGGCUUAUGGUGAAGUCAAGGAGAUCAGGGAAACACCACAUAAACGACACCAUAAGUUCAUUGAGUUUUAUGAUGUUAGAGCUGCAGAAGCAGCUCUCAAGGCCUUAAACAGAAGUGACAUAGCUGGGAAGCGCAUUAAACUUGAACCUAGCAGGCCUGGUGGAGCUCGCCGGAGAAUUAACAUUCAAGUGUUUUCUUUUUUCUUAUUUUAUGCUAAAAUUGGUUGCACAAUUCUCACAGGUAGCUGGUCAAAUUUUGUCAGUCCAGUUGAGCUCAAUUUGUUGCAUGGUUAUAGUUGGUCACCUGGUUUGAGAAAUCUCAGCCCGGUGGGAAGCAACCCCUUACCUGGUUUGGCCUCCAUUCUUCCUUCCCAGGUUUCAAAUCCUGUGAAGAUUGCUCCAAUUGGUAAAGAUCCUGGAAGAAUAAGCCAUGCGAACCAGGUUAUUACCAAGGCUAAUACAGCACCAGGAACAGCUUAUCAGCAUCAAUGUCCUGUUCUUGAUCCCAGUUUAAGUCCAAAUCCUGGACCUGUGUCAUCAUUUGGUGAUUCCAAGUCAUCUAGCAUUGGAACACUUUCUGGCCCUGAGUUUCUCUGGGGAAGUCCUACUAUUCACUCAGAGAGCAUAAAUUCUUCUGCGUGGUCAACAUCGAUGAAGGGACUUCCAUUCUCGUCCUCUGGACAGGGAAUUGGUAACCCAUACUCCAGUCAGGAUGGCUCAUUUCUGGGUUCACACCAUCACGUUGGAUCUGCUCCAUCUCGUAGACAACCAGAAAGGCAUUUUGGUUUCUUCCCCGAGUCACCUGAAACAUCCUACAUGAACCCUGUGGCAUUUGGAUCCACAAAUUUUUAUUGUACCAAUGGGAACCAUGCGAUGAACAUGGGGGUUCCUGGGGCCACUAACUUAGGUGUUGCUUUUGCUGGAAACUUGACUAAAACUGGUUCUCCUGCGUCCAUAAUGAUGUCAAUGUCAAAGAAUGGUCCUACAUAUUUUGGGAAUGGCUCUUAUGGAGGCAUGGGAGCAACCCUGAAUGGUAGAUUAAUUGGUGACAAUGGUCGUAGUAGAAGGGCUGAUAGUGGAAGCCACAUGGAUAACAAAAGUCAGUAUCAACUAGAUUUGGAAAAUAUCAUCAACGGGGAAGAUACUAGGACUACUUUGAUGAUUAAAAAUAUUCCCAACAAGUACACUUCGAAGAUGCUGCUGGCGGCUAUUGAUGAAACUCACAAGGGUACAUAUGAUUUCCUAUAUUUACCGAUUGAUUUUAAGAAUAAGUGCAAUGUCGGGUAUGCCUUCAUCAACAUGGCGUCUCCUUCACACAUCAUCACCUUCUACGAGGCAUUUAAUGGGAAGAAAUGGGAAAAAUUUAAUAGUGAAAAGGUUGCUUCAUUGGCAUAUGCGAGAAUCCAGGGGAAGACAGCUCUGGUCUCGCACUUUCAGAAUUCAAGUUUGAUGAGUGAAGACAAGCUAUGCCGACCUAUACUGUUCCAGACAGAGGGUCAAGGGUCUCGUGAUCUGGAAUCAUUAACGUCCAGCAAUCUGAACAUCUUGUUCUGUCAGCCUGAUGGAUCAUAUAUUGGAGUCGACAGCCCAAAGGGUGAUCCUGAUGAGACACCGGAGAAGAAUGCACACAUGCCAUAAGCGGCUGAUUCUGAAUAAGAAUUGGUCAGAUUUAACCGCUAACUUUUGUAUAGGUUUUAGCUUAAUUAUCUGAUUAUGAAACUCAAAUGUGCAUAUGACUCUCGUCUACCAGGCAGCAUCCUUUUUUAUUAAGGAUGCUCCACAUGAUAUAAAGGAAGUUUUCGAAGCAUUUAUUCAGAUA